ACAUAUGUAACCAUUGACGCCGAUAUUUAUGACGUAAUUCUUGAUAUAAACAUAAUUGCUAAAAGCUCUUCAAUGGGUAGUAAAAACAAAAUCAUUGUUCUAGUGCAUAUAUAGUAUUUCAAUUGUAUGCAAUUAAAACUACGUGUCCAGUCAAGCCCGAUUUACAAUACUUUCGAAAUAUUUUCACAAAAUUUCAAUCAAUAUGAAUUAGGAUGCCUCUCCAUUGAAAUAUUUUCAAACCUACAUGCAUGCGUCUUUCCAUGUUCAUAUCUUAAAAACGUGGUAUUUCAGGUUUAAAUGUAAUUGAUGAGCUGAAUGGCGUGCUCAUCAAACUUCUUCAUUAGUAAUUGAGGGUGCAUUGAAAACGUCAUGAGGUCUGCAACACUUAUAGUUUAUAUACAUAAAUAAAGUGCAGUCUAAGACUAACAUAUUGACGGUCAAGUUAUUGGAAAAGUGCUUAAAAGUUGUGCCCAAAAAAAUUAGUGAAGUUUAAAAAAUGGCGAGAACUCCGAACGUGCACUCGCCAAUCGCGUGGAUGCACGUUGCGACUACCAUAAUCUCAAUUCAGCUUUUGCCAGGCGUAUCGUCAGCGAGCUGGACGCUAUGUUAAAUGAGCACAAUGAAUUAUUAAAGUUAUUCAAAUCACACAUAGAUUCAACGCACCCGUUGUUCACGACGUUGCUGGAAUCAUGGUUGGCGACCGUACAUCUACGCGACAAAUUGUGAUUCGAAUAGGAAAUAAUGAUCUUCAGUUCAUCAGUGAUACCCAUCGUUCAUAUGACGCUCUCCAAUAUCCACUAAUUUUCUGGAAAGGACAAAACGGAUAUUGCGUAAAUAUUAAACAACGAGAUCCCGUAACAGGAGUCGAAACAAAUAAGAAUGUUAGCUUCAAGGAUUUUUAUUCAUAUCAUUUGAUGAUUAGACGCGGUCGAGACAACAUCAUUUUACGAUGUCGUGAGCUUUGCCAACAAUUUAUAGUCAACAUGUAUGUGAAGAUAGAAAGUGAACGACUACGAUACUUGCGAUAUAAUCAUCAGAAGCUGCGUACGGAAGAAUAUAUUCACUUAUGAGAUGCUAUUGCGAACAAUGCUGACACUGCCGAAAUCGGUAACUCUGUUAUCUUACCAUCAUCGUACGUAGGUAGUCCACGUCACAUGCAAGAAUACAUUCAGGAUGCCAUGACUUUCGUGCGGGAAUAUGGACGACCGUAUCUUUUUAUCACUUUUACAUGUAAUCCAAAAUGGCAGGAAAUUACACCGUUGCUAUUACCAGGACAAAAUGCAAUACAUCGUCAUGAUAUUACAGCACGUGUGUUUAAACAAAAAUUAAAGUCUUUAAUCAACUUUAUUACAAAACUGCAUGUAUUUGGCUCCACUCGUUGUUGGAUGUAUUCAUUUGAGUGGCAAAAGCGUGGAUUACCUCAUGCUCACAUUUUAGUUUGGUUGGUCGACAAAAUACGUGCUGAAAACAUCGACAGUUUGAUUUCUGCAGAGAUUCCAGAUCCGUCUACUGAUCAAUUACUGCUUGAUAUUGUUACUGCAAACAUGAUUCAAGGUCCGUGCGGAAAUCUGAAUCGUUCAUCACCUUGCAUGGUAGACGGAAAAUGUACAAAGCGUUUUCCUAAAGAUUUUACUAACGAUACAGUCACACAUGUUGACGGAUAUCCAAUAUAUCGUCGAAGAAGUACCGAAAAUGGCGGACAAUCUUUCAUUAAAACUAUCAGCAACGCAGACAUCGACAUUGACAAUCGUUGGGUGGUACCAUAUUCACCUCUGCUGAGCAAAACAUUCAAUGCUCAUAUUAAUGUUGAGUCAUGCAGUUCGGUGAAGAGUAUCAAAUAUAUUUGCAAAUAUGUGAAUAAAAGGAGUGAUAUAGCUGUAUUUAAAAUUGAAAAUACUGAUGUACAUUCUCCUCCGUUGAACCAAAAUGAUGAAAUUACGAAUUACAAAAUUGGCCGGUAUGUCAGUUCCAAUGAAGGUGUCUGGCGUAUUUUCGGUUUCCCAAUUCAUGAACGGGAUCCAGCAGUUAUCCAUUUAGCUGCCCACCUUGAAAACGGCCAGCGCGUAUAUUUCACGAACAAUACAGAGCUUGAUCGUGCUAUAAAUCCACCAAAAACUACGCUGACCGAAUUUUUUGAACUGUGCAAUCGUGCGGAUGCUUUUGGUGCCUUCGCACAAACACUUCUCUACUCUGAAGUUCCACGGUAUUUUACAUGGGCUCAAAAAAGAAAAUGGAUACCCCGCAAGCAAGGUUGAUGCGCACCCCGGUUUAUUUAAAUCAAAUACUUUGGGUCGUGUAUAUACAGUCAAUCCAAAGCAGACUGAGUGCUUUUACUUGCGACUAUUGUUGGUUAAUGUCACCGGUAGAUGGACAACAGUAUCCUACGUAUAAAGAUGCAUGCCUUGCUCUAGGUUUGCUAGAAGAUGACAAUCAUUGGGACAGUACGCUUGCUGAAGCAACAUUAAACUGCACAGAAUCACAAAUUCGUCUACUAUUUGCUAUAGUACUGACUACAUGUUUCCCGGCCCGAGCACAAAUGUUUUUGGAUAAUCACAAAGAUUCAAUGACUGAUGAUAUAUUGUAUCGACAUCGUACAAGGUGCAAUGAUCUAACGAUAUCAUUCAGUGAUGCAAUGUACAAUGAAGCAUUGAUUGCUACGAGGAUCUUUGCAUUGCUAUUGCGAAUUUGCCAAUCAGUCAUUUCGGUAUGAGCUCACCGAAUCGAAGCGCAUCUGAUUUACUCAACACAGGUAUCAAUCGUGAACUACAGUACGAUACUGUAGAAAUGGCAGGCAUUGUUAGUAGCAAUGUUCCACUACUAAAUGAUGAACAAAAAAUUAUUUACGACCGCAUCAUGCUGGCUGUUUCGUCAGAACAAGGAGGAUUCUUUUUUUUUGGAUGCACCAGGUGGAACUGGCAAACCAUCGCAUUGGCCGUUGCAUCUUCUGGCAUUGCUUAGAUGGAGGUAGAACAGCUCAUUCAGCAUUUAAGCUGCAGUUGAACAUUCAAAAUAAUCCAGAUGCAGUGUGCAACAUAAAAAAAUAAUCGUCUAUGGCCAUUGUGCUGAAACAAUGUAAAAUUAUUAUUUGGGAUGAAUGCACUAUGGCACACAAACAUUCGCUUGAGGCAUUAGAUAGGACAUUAAAGGAUAUAAAAAACAAUGAUAAACUAUUUGGCAGCACUUUGUUACUCCUUUCUGGCGAUUUUAGACAAACACUUCCCGUUAUUCCACGUUCAACGUACGCUGAUGAAAUUAAUGCUUGCUUAAAAUCAUCGCGACUAUGGCGUAAUGUUGAAAAAGUACAACUGACGGUGAACAUGCGCGUUCAAAUGCUUCAGGAUCCAUCCGCCGAAAAUUUCUCUAAACAACUGUUAGAUAUUGGUGAUGGGUAAGUUGAUGUACAUGAAAAUACUGGAUGCAUUAAAUUACAGACGGACUUCUGCACAAUCAUCGACUCGCAAAAUACUCUCAUCGAUCACAUAUUUCCCGACGUACACCACAAUAUGCAAAUCGUAAGUGGCUGGCAAAAGAGCGAUUUUGGCAGCUAGAAAUGUGGACGUCAAUGGGUUAAAUUUAAAGAUUCAACAGUUGUUGCCUGGGGACUUGGUGUCAUACAAAUCUAUCGAUGCAGUUUGCGAUACUAACGAGAUUGUGAAUUAUCCAAUUGAGUUUUUAAAUUCAUUGGAUUUGCCAGGCAUGCCACCACAUCAUUUACAAUUGAAGGUUAGAUAUCCGAUUAUUCUGCUUCGCAAUUUAAACCCACCACGGCUGUGUAAUGGCACACGGUUAGUCAUUAAAAAAUUAAUGAAAAACGUCAUUGAAGCCAUCAGCUUGCAUGGCAAGUUUCAAGGCGAAAAUGUGUUGCUGCCACGAAUCCCUAUGAUUACUACAGAUGUGCCAAUUGAAUUCAAACGCACUCAAUUCCCCAUUGGCAUUCGCUAUGACGAUCAAUAAGUCACAAGGCCAGACAUUGUCUAUAUGUGGCUUGGAUUUGGAAACACCAAGCUUUUCCCACGGACAACUAUAUGUGGCAUGUUCUCGCGUGGGAAAACCCUCCAGUUUGUUUGUGUUGGCUAAAGACGGACUAACCAAGAAUAUUGUACACUCUAUUGCACUGAGAGAUUAAUAUUUUUUUUCAAUUGCCAUAAUUGAUAGCAUAAUAUAAAUAAUUAUUUUUGAUAUUUAGAAAGCUAUCAAAAAUUGUAAUUUAAAAUAUAUUCGUUACUUUAAUAAGGAUUAAUUUAUUAACUUAAAUAAAGCAUACUUUCAUGCUUAAUGCUUUCGAUUAUAAGUAACGGGUGAUUUUUUGAGGUUAGGAUUUUCAUGCAUUAGUAUUUGACAGAUCACGUGGGAUUUCAGACAUGGUGUCAAAGAGAAAGAUGAUCAGUAUGCUUUGACAUUUCAUCAUGAAUAGACUUACUAACGAGCAACGCUUGCAAAUCAUUGAAUUUUAUUACCAAAAUCAGUGUUCGGUUCGAAAUGUGUUUCGCGCUUUACGUCCGAUUUAUGGUCUACAUAAUCGACCAAGUGAGCAAACAAUUAAUGCGAUUGUGACCAAGUUUCGCACUCAGUUUACUUUAUUGGACAUUAAACCAACCACACGAAUGCGUACAGUGCGUACAGAAGAGAAUAUUGCGUCUGUUUCUGAGAGUGUGGCUGAAGACCGUGAAAUGUCGAUUCGUCGCCGUUCGCAGCAAUUGGGUUUGUGUUAUUCGACCACAUGGAAGAUUUUACGCAAAGAUCUUGGUGUAAAACCGUAUAAAAUACAGCUCGUGCAAGAACUGAAGCCGAACGAUCUGCCACAACGUCGAAUUUUCAGUGAAUGGGCCCUAGAAAAGUUGGCAGAAAAUCCGCUUUUUUAUCGACAAAUUUUGUUCAGCGAUGAGGCUCAUUUCUGGUUGAAUGGCUACGUAAAUAAGCAAAAUUGCCGCAUUUGGGGUGAAGAGCAACCAGAAGCCGUUCAAGAACUGCCCAUGCAUCCCGAAAAAUGCACUGUUUGGUGUGGUUUGUACGCUGGUGGAAUCAUUGGACCGUAUUUUUUCAAAGAUGCUGUUGGACGCAACGUUACGGUGAAUGGCGAUCGCUAUCGUUCGAUGCUAACAAACUUUUUGUUGCCAAAAAUGGAAGAACUGAACUUGGUUGACAUGUGGUUUCAACAAGAUGGCGCUACAUGCCACACAGCUCGCGAUUCUAUGGCCAUUUUGAGGGAAAACUUCGGACAACAAUUCAUCUCAAGAAAUGGACCCGUAAGUUGGCCACCAAGAUCAUGCGAUUUAACGCCUUUAGACUAUUUUUUGUGGGGCUACGUCAAGUCUAAAGUCUACAGAAAUAAGCCAGCAACUAUUCCAGCUUUGGAAGACAACAUUUCCGAAGAAAUUCGGGCUAUUCCGGCCGAAAUGCUCGAAAAAGUUGCCCAAAAUUGGACUUUCCGAAUGGACCACCUAAGACGCAGCCGCGGUCAACAUUUAAAUGAAAUUAUCUUCAAAAAGUAAAUGUCAUGAACCAAUCUAACGUUUCAAAUAAAGAACCGAUGAGAUUUUGCAAAUUUUAUGCGUUUUUUUUAAAAAAAAGUUAUCAAGCUCUUAAAAAAUCACCCUAUACAUACAUCCCCGUACAUUUAGUAGUAGAUAGUUAUUUUUAUUGAACUAAAAAAAUGUUUCCUAGAAAUAUGUAAUAUACAUGGCAAAACAACGUUUGCCGGGUCAGCUAGUAUACUAUACAAAUAUAUUUAUUUUAUUCUUUUGAGGUCUAGAAUACAAAAAACUGUAAACAAGGGUUCAUAUUUGUCUUAAUUUUAACUCAAAACUCAUCUAAAAAAUCUGUAAUUUUGGUUUGUUUACAUUUUCAUCUGUCAAAAUGAAGUUUCUCGUUAUUGCCAACUAUUUUUCUGAAAAGUGUCGGAUGAUGCAAAAAAUUGGUACGGUGAAAAAUUCUUUAGAUUAAUAAUCAAUUCAAAUAGUUAUAUUUUCAGUUAGUUUUCACUGCCAAUUAUUAUACUCUGAACUUGGCACUAGAAAGACGGCAGCUUAGCAUACACCUCUAUUGCCUGAAAGCAGUCAAAAUGACUGUGAAAGUGAAAGAGGUGGUAAAAACAAUGAUGAUUAAUCCAUUUAUAUUUUGUAGAAAAAGUCACAAAAUUAUUAAAAGCUAUGCCAUUAUUUAAAUCACUAAUGUUUUAAUUGAAAUUCCGAAGCAGUCAAAAUGACUUGCUUAGGCAAUCUAGUAAUAAUUCUGCCACGACGCUUAUAACAGAGAACGUAUAAUAUAGAGAAGGUCCACCGCGUUGCCAAACUUACGAUAUUUCAUCUUUUGGAGGGGAACUCUUUUCUAUUAGUGGAUUUCACCUCAAAAUCAGGGGAACUAUUUUCUAUAAGCGGUUUCACCAAUAUUUAACAGGAGCGUCGAAAGUAGCAGAAUUGAGCAUUUUCAGUGAUAAAUGAGAAAAGUGGUGCUUAUAUACAAAUAAGAGACAGCCAAUGAAGUGAAAGCGAUGAAAAUGUAUUUACAAUAGACAUAUGCAUGCUCUUUUUGACUGAGUAUUUGCUGUAUGUAUGUUUUCAUGGAGGAAUUGCGCCAAAUUUAACGAUGAAAUAUGCGGUAUAUGUACAUAUAAAAUAUGCAAGUAGUUAGAUUUUUUCUAAUUGUAGGUAAUAUAUGUAUGUUACAUCGGGGAAAUGGCGCCAAUUGUAUUUACAAUAUACAUAUGUAUGCGCUUUUUGGUUGAGUUGGCAUAUUAUAAAAAAUAAAAUCGGGAAAAAUUAGGAAAAAUUAUUUUAAUUUUAUUUCUCUUUAUUUUUAUUUUUAAUUUUUAAAUAAAUUAAUAUUUCUUUCGACUAUUACAAAGUGAAGAUGUGCAAAAUGAUCUUCAUUUCUUCAAAGAAAAUCGAUGACCUUCAUGAAAUAUGCAUAUUCGCAUUAUUUCGUUAUCAUUUCCAUAUUUCUACCAAUCGAAUUGCUAUGACAAAUACAUAUGUAUGUAUAUUAUUUCUUUGGCACAUUUGUAUGUUUACGAAAGCAAAUGCGAGCCACAUACAUAUGUAUGUACAUAUGUACAUUCAUAAUAGCAAGUGUCACACGCAUCUUUCGCAUCUCCGUUGUCACGGUCUACCAAUAGCCGAAACUGACGCUUUGUCAAAGAGUCAAGUGCUGAACACAUUGAGCGCGACAGACUGUUAUGUCAAAUAUUAAAAUACACACGUUAUUAUGGACACAGUUAUUUUGUUGUGAAGCUGCCUCAAUAACUGUGUCCCUAAGAACGUGUGUAUUCUAAUAUUUGACAGAUGUCGUUUGCAGUCUGUCGCACUCAUUGUGUUCAGCACUUGGGUGAUGAUAGAAACUCCAAGCUGUGCCGAAAAAAAUAAACGAGUGGCCGCCGAUUGUCAUCGCUUCCCUUGCCGCUGUAACAGCUUUGCCUACAAAAGCGAGUCACGGAAAAAUAUUUUAGAAUGGACAAAUAUUAUAAAUCGACAACUGCGUUGUUGCCACUUUUCUCACGUCUUUCUGUGAAGAAGCAUCAGAAAGUUGUUCAAUUUAAGAUUUUUAGCUUUUGCCAUCGUCGCGAAAAGACGCUUGUGGGCAAAGGCAUGCUCGGGGAGAUGUAAUGGUGUCUACUUUUAUGAAUAAAGCGAGUUUGCCUGUUGAAAGUGCGCUUGCGUUCAUGAAUGAAAAUAUUGUUGUUGUGGGUUUUUCUACAAAUUUGGGCAUCGACUACAGUGGUGCUCCAGUAUAACGAACGCCGAUAUAACGAAUGUUCAAUAUAACGAACGCUGUUUUUCAAUACAUUGAUGACUCUAUAUAACGAAAGCUGGAAAUUGGAUGAACUCGAUAUUACGAAUGUAUGGCGUUUGUAUU